AUGGAUUGGUGGAGGAAGAAGAAGGCACGAGCCUAUGAAAAAGAAGAGAGGUCGAUCCGAGGCAGAAGGAGAGGGGCCAUGCUGUUAGAGGAACUCAUCGAAUGUUGUGAUGGCAAAUCCAAUCCCAUCAAAUUCUUCUCUCCAGAUCAGGUCCUCGAAGCCACCGACAAUUUCAGGAACUUUAACCAUGUUUUUGCUAGUUUGAUUUACUAUGAAUGGUAUUCUGGUAAAAAGGAGAACCAUCCCAUGAUUCUCAUCAAGGAAUUCACCCACGAGUUAAAUGCCUAUCAACAAGAAGAACUCUUUUGCCGCGACAUAGCAAUAUCAUCGAUGGUGAGUGGUCACAAAAACUUUUUGAAACUGGUUGGAUGUUGUCUUGAGUCUGAAGAUCAUGUAGCCAUGGUGUUUCAUGGUCUAAAGAAACAUUAUAAACUAGAUCUCAAGAACAGUCGUGGAGAAGAAGAAUAA